AUGCGGGAACCGCUUGUGACGUGCCGCAGUGUGGAGCGGGUCCUGAACGCCCUGCAGCGGAAGCACCACUGGCUUGCGGAUGAUGCCCGGGCCUUCUUCAUUGCAGGACGGUGGGAGCGCGACGUGCGGGCGUGGAUUAACACGCACCAGCGGGGGGACGGCUGCGCGGGGCGGCGUCAGACGCGCCCGAAUGCCCGAGCAAAGUUGCCGGGGAAUUGGAUGGUUUUGGACGAUGAUCUCGCUUCCAAAAAGGAGUUCUUAAAAGCGGCUGUCGGCAAUCAACAACACGACGGCCCUCCAAGUGCAUCAUUCUGCGUAUUUGCCGAUGAAAAGGACCGCCGUGAGGCCACGCAGGCGAGAUAUGUUGGGGACAACGUGACAAUGCUCCCCUUCACCACAGUGGAGGCGGCAUUGUACAUCAGGAGUCGGGGAAGACGGUCGAAUGACGCCAAAACGUGCACUUUGUUGCCCCACUCCGUCUCGGCAGAGAAUGUGCUACUUGAUGACACUGCGAGAUCGAGCACCUCACUGAAUGAUUGCUGUGCCAUUUUCCUCAAUCGUCACUCUGCAGAUCUCGUCGCCGUGGACUUUGCGGAGGGCGAGACGUCAGAUGCAUCACUGGAGCGCCCGACCACAGCUGUCGAUGCAAGACAGGGCGCCCUUAACGCAGUGACUUUGGGCGUACAUUUACUCAAACCCUCGGGUGCGGUGCUGCUGCGGUUCUCUUCGCACGCAAACCCGGGCGGAAACGUACCCCUCCGUGCACUUUUGCGGCACAUGCGCUGGAGUUUUCAGGUCUCCGCGUGUGAAGUUGACAGUGAACAUGUUUACUGUGUGGGAUGCAGGAGCAUUACGGAGCACCCCAUAGCGGAGCUGCCACGAGAUUGUUUUCCAGGAUUUUUCCCGAGGUCUAAGCCCCGUCCCAAGAGAUGGAACCCGCGCAGUGAAACGAAACAACCAUUCUUUGCUGCUCUUAUGCCAAGUUUCACAAACGCACCGCUGGUGAAGGAGCCGCUAAGCCGUGCACUCGCUGAAGAGAUGGAGGCUGCUAAGAAAAGUGAGGAAAAAGCAGACAGUUUGUUUGGCGUGUCGGUUGAAAUGGUGGAAAAGGGGUUACAUCACUAUAAACAGGAUGACUAG